AUGCGCUCCGUUAUCAUCGCUGUCAGACAGCCAGGCGAGAAAAGUAAUCGAGAUACUUACUCUGAAGCUGGAAGUUACCCGAGUUUCAGGAGACUGUCCUACGAAGAAGUGAAACUGUGGGGAACGUCGUUUGAUCGUCUGAUGGGUCACAAAUGUAUGGUGAAGUUUGAUUACUUUUACAAAACAAACUGUGACUCCUUUCUAGUUGGACAAAAGAUGUUCGCCGAUUUCCUGAAGAGCGAAUUCAGCGACGAAAACAUAUUGUUCUGGCAGGCGUGCGAAGAGUUGAAAAGAGAAAAGGACAUUGACAAAAUUGAAGAUAAAGCUAGAAUCAUUUACGAAGACUUUGUCUCCAUUUUGUCUCCUAAGGAAGUGAGCCUUGAUUCACGAGUUCGCGAAAUCGUCAACAGCAACAUGGUUCGUCCGAACGCACACAUGUUCGACGAGGCACAGGGUCAAAUUUAUACCCUGAUGCAGAGGGACUCUUAUCCGCGAUUCGUUGGCUCGAACUUCUAUCGCAAUUUGUUAGCGUCUUACCUUGAAUGCGAAGAACUAUGA